AUGAAAUUCUCAACAUCUUUUGUCGCUGCUUAUGCUGCUUACUUAAUGGGUUCAGCCGUCGCUGCUCCUCAUGCCCAUGCUGGUGUUGCUAAACGUGAUGCUGAAUGUGCUACUACUGCUCAUCACCAUCAUCAACACAAACGUGCCGUUGCUGUUGAAUAUGUUUACUCAACCGUUACUGUUGAUGGCCAAGGUCAAACUGUUAGUGCUUCAGCUUCUCAAACCACUUUAGAACCAUCUUCAGUUGUUGACAGAGCUGCUAGUGUUAAACCAUCAUCAAGUUCCUCUUCAACUUCAACCUCAACUUCAGCAGCUCCAACCUCAACUUCAGCCUCAUCAUCUGAAGCCCAAUCUACUACUUCAUCAUCAACCUCAUCUUCAUCAUCUUCUUCAUCAUCUUCAGGUGGUUCUUCAGGUUCUUCAGGUUCAAUUUAUGGUGAUUUAUCCGAUUUCUCUGGUCCAAACAAAGAAUUCCAAGAUGAUACUAUUUCAUGUACCGAUUUUGAUUCUUUAGUUGGUCAAGGUGUUAUUUCAUUAGAACAUUUAGGUUUCGGUGGUUUCUCAGGUAUUUAUCAUCCAUCUGAUACUUCAACUGGGGGUAAAUGUACUGAAGGUGCUUAUUGUUCUUAUGCUUGUCAACCAGGUAUGUCCAAAACUCAAUGGCCAUCAGAACAACCAGGUAAUGGUGUUUCAGUCGGUGGUUUGGUUUGUAAGAAUGGUAAAUUAAGAAGAUCAAACACCAAUCAAAAAUACUUGUGUGAAUGGGGUGUUGAUGCUGCUUAUGUUGUUAACAACUUGUCACAAAAUGUUGCCAUUUGUCGUACUGAUUACCCAGGUACUGAAAACAUGGUUAUCCCAACCAAUGUUGAAGGUGGUAAAUCAUUACCAUUAACUGUUGUUGACCAGUCAACUUACUACCAAUGGGGAGGUAAAGGUACUUCAGCUCAAUACUAUGUUAACAAUGCUGGUGUUUCUUGGGAAGAUGGUUGUGUUUGGGGAUCAGCAGGUUCAGGUAUUGGUAACUGGGCUCCAUUAAACUUUGGGGCUGGUGCAGUUAACGGUAUUUCAUACUUAUCUUUGAUUCCAAAUCCAAACAACAAAGAAUCCUUAAACUUUAAGGUUAAAAUUGUCGCUUCCGAUGACAAUUCAAAUGUCUCUGGUGAAUGUACUUAUGCCAAUGGUCAAUACAAUGGUAACGGUAAUGAUGGUUGUACUGUUGGUGUUACUAAAGGUUCAGCCAAAUUUGUCUUGUACAAUUAG